GGGGAGAAUUCUCCCCUAAUAUUAUCCCAGUCCCCCACAUCCGCCUCCCAGCUUUUCUGACAACCACCAUCCGUCGCCGGCGACAACCUCCUCCACCGUCGUCUCUUCCAUCGCUCUUGCGGCUCCCGUUCCUUGGGCUUUACCCUCGCGCGCCUCUGUCCCGCUGCCACUCUUGCGUCUCCUCUCUUUUCCACCCAGAGCCGGCGUGCCUUCAUCCCCUCUCGUGUGCGACCAAGCCCUUGGCGCAUUCCGCAUCGCUCUUCUACCUCCUGCAGACCUCCAACACCACUGCCUCUUGCAUUCUCACUGUCAACUUCUCACCUCCACCAUUUGUCCGCCGUUCUCUCCAUCCCGCUCGCCACCUCAGCCUUCCGCCUCUCUUCCUUUUUCUGUUCUCCUCUUGCUCAUCCCACAGUCUUUCUCCGCUUAUUCCCUCUCUCCCUCUCUCACCCAUCAUUCCCGCUCCCUUCGAGAGCGCGCGCGCGCGAGUGUGUUCGAGGGUGAAGGGCUACUGUGCCCUCUUCCACCCCUCGCACCGGCCCUCUCUCAUUUUCCUUCACAAUUAGUCUAUCUCCUCGAUGAUCUAACCCUAGAAAGGCCUCCACUGUGCCGCUUCCUGUCUUUCGCCCUGCGAAGGAAAUAGGGCAAGUUUUUGAAGGAUUCCUGUGAAGUGACUAACCUACCUAGUUGUUGACAUCUGCGUGGUACCAUGUUUUAUCUUAGCCUAAUUGAGCAUAAUUUGCCAGUGCCUCCUCACUUACUCAGCCGUCCUCUACUUGAUGCAGUCAAGGAAGAACUUGAGAGGCUGUUCUUGGACAAGGUUAUCUCAAGUUUGGGGCUUUGUGUCUCUGUCUAUGACAUCCAAUCCAUAGAAGGUGGUUUCAUCUUUCCAGGAGAUGGCUCUUCAACAUAUAAGGUUGUUUUCAGAUUAGUUAUGUUUCGGCCAUUUGUUGGGGAGAUUCUCGGUGGAAGGAUUGAAAAAUCUAGUGCAGAUGGCUUGCGCUUGUCUCUUGGGUUUUUUAAUGACAUAUAUGUUCCUGUUCAUCUGCUGCAACAGCCAUGCAAAUUGGGACCAGAUAAUAUAUGGAUAUGGCAACAUGAAUGUGGAGAAUUGACUCUAGAUCUAAAUGAAGAGGUACACUUUAGAGUGGCUGAUAUUAAAUAUCCUUCCAUCCCAAUUGAGCAGAAGGAAGAUGCAGAACCAUUUGCUCCCAUGGAAAUUAUUGGAGAUAUAUAUGGAGAUGGUUUGGGCCUUCUUUCUUGGUGGGCAGAGUAACCAAUUAAGAUGGUGUCAGAACUCUGCGUGUACCAGCAUCAGCCUCACUAACAAUGCUGUCUUUCAUAGGCAAAUGAGUUUUACCUAUGUUCAGUCCUUGAUAGUUUUCAUUGUAUCACCUAUACGUAGAAUCCACUGUAGGGCAACUAAAUUACAGUGCAUCAUUUUACACCCUCAAGAAAAAAAGAGAGCAUCAUUUACUGUGAA